AUGACCAAGAAUAUCACACCAAUCAAGUUGGGGAAUGAGAGCACCUUGACGUUCUACAACCCUGAUAGCCUCCAGAUACCAUGUCAAGAGAGGUGUGGACGAUCUGAUAGGCGUGAUGGUGUUGAUGCAGCCAAACGUCGUGUCAGUGAAAAUGAUGAUAAGUGUAAUGAUGAAAGCAUUGUUAGAUCACAUGAGGUUAACAAAGCUGGUACACAUACAGUUCACAACAAUAAUAGUAAUAACAAUAAAAGUAAUGUUGGACGAUAUGAAGUAGCUCACAACAGUAGCAACGACCACAGCAACGCUAGUGGUAAAUUGAGAUCUAACAACAGUGGUAGUGAAAGCACUUCCCACAAUGACAACGACAGCAAUAGCAGCGACGACAAUAUUGGCAGUAAAGGUACUCACAACAAUAAUGGUGAUAAUACGAAAAUCAAUGUUAGAUUGGAAGUAGCUUACAAUAACUACGAUAUUAAUAAUGGUAAAAUAGAUGGCAGCAGUAUGUUAGAUAAGGUUGGGAAUGAACUAGUUACUGAAAAUAAUAAUUGUAAAAUAGAUGGCGGUGGUAUUGUAGAUAUAGUUGAUGAUCAUGAGGUUGAUGAGGAGAAAGAUGAUGAAGUCAGUGGAAUUAAUAAUUGUAAUUUGGAUGCCAGCAGUGGUGAUGGUGAUGAGGAUCACGACGUUGAUGGUGAGGAGGAUGAGAAGAUGGAAGGUAAUGUUGGUAAUGUUGAUCAGGCAGAUGAUGCAGGUAACGUUGGUCAGUCGGAUGAAGCAGAUAAGGUAGAUGAUGUUGGAGAUGUGGUUCGGUCAGGGGAAGCAAGGGUUGGUAGCGAUGGUGGUCGAUUGGUCGAUGAUGAAGAGGCGGAUGUUCAUGAUAAUGAUGGUAGUCAGGAAGAUGCGACGAUGAAGAAUAAUAAAUGUAAUGUUAGAGAUGAAGAUGACGAAGAGAGUGUGGAAGGUGGCUGUACGCUGGAAAAGGCAAAAUUCCUUCAAGAACAACAAUAUUCAACUGUUGGGGAGGAGGUAUGUCACGGUUCAAGGGUAGAUGUUAAGCGCCGCAUCAUUUAA